UGUAUCGACUACCCAAAUGUUGCAGAACGAGAUGGGCAACGUGCGUGUGUGCUGCCGCGUGCGCCCGCAGAAUGCCAAGGAGCUGACAAUGGCUUCAGCUCAGCGGUGCGUCGUCACUGAGAAUGAGACGAUCGAAGUCAAGUCCAAUGAAGGAAGUCCACAGAAAUUUACAUUCGACCAUGUUUUCGGAGAAGAAGACAACCAGAAGACGGUCUUUGAGAGCGUGGCGCUACCUGUUGUUCAAGAUAUUAUGGCAGGAUACAAUGCGACCAUCUUCGCCUACGGUCAGACGUCGUCGGGUAAGACGUACACAAUGGAAGGAGCUAAUAUCGACCACCCUGAGCUACAAGGCAUCAUUCCACGCACAGCCACCGAGAUCUUCAACAACGUCAUGAACGCUGACGAGAACAUGGAGUUCAUCGUGAAAGUGAGCUACAUUGAGAUCUACAUGGAGCGUAUCCGUGAUCUCCUGGAUCCAUACAAGUCGAAGGUGAAUUUACAGGUUCGAGAGGACGCACAACGCGGCAUCUUUGUCGAGGGGAUGACUGAGAUGUGUGUGACCAGUGACGACGAGUUGCUGGCAGCUAUGCGAGCAGGUGCAGCUAAUCGCGCUGUGGCUGCCACUGGAAUGAACGAAGGAAGUUCUCGCAGUCACAGUGUCUUCAUGGUUACACUGUUCCAGCGUAACCUUGAGAACCAGGCCACGAAGGCUGGCAAGUUGUAUCUGGUGGAUCUUGCUGGCUCUGAAAUGGUGCGGAAGACUGGCGCAACGGGUCGACAACUAGAAGAGGCUAAGACGAUCAACAAGUCGCUGUCUGCUUUGGGAAUGGUCAUCAACGCGCUCACAGACUCACAUAUCACCCACGUGCCGUAUCGAGACAGUAAACUGACUCGAGUACUGCAAGAGUCACUAGGUGGCAACUCCCGCACGAAUCUUAUUAUCAAUGUCUCGCCAAGCAGUUUUAACGCGUCGGAAACGAUCUCCACCCUGCGAUUUGGCAUGCGCGCCAAGUCCAUCAAGAACAAGGCAGUGGUGAAUGAACAGCGCAGCGUCGCUGAAUACGAAGCUCUGCUUGCUGCAGCCGAGAAGGAAAUGGCGAAGCAGCAGACGUACAUUAUCGCUCUUGAAGCUAGACUUUCAGGGAAGGAGACGCCAGACGGAGCGGCGGAUGUGGCAGGAAAUACAGUCUCCGAGGAUACACAGGACGCGGGGAAAGCAGAAGGCGUGGGCAGCACUGUCGAUACGGUCGAUGUUGAUAUGGACCUGUCGGAUGGAGCUACUUCAGAGGCUCCACCGUCACCUUCGGCCCGUGCAGGUCGCGCUCUGGCAGAGUUGCAAGAGAAAGUGACACAGCUUGAAGAAGAGUUGGCUGAGGAGAAGCAAGAGUCAAUGCGACGUGGGGAGGAGAUCUGCUUGCUCACCGCAAAGCUGGAGGAGCACGUUCGAGCACUUGAGACGCAGCGUGUGUUGUCAGAGGAAUUACAGCGAGUAAAGGAUUUGCAGGAGAAGACGUUAGAAGAGAAGAUUCGCCAGCGCGAGACGUUGUAUGCGGAAUUGCGCACCGACUUGGACAGACGCACUUUUGAGCACAAGGAGCUGGUGAUUCACUCGGAGACGAUACAGAGUGAGUACGAUGCGCUGCUGCAGGAAAUGUCUGCCCAAACGCCACCGGGUGGCGGCAAAUUGGCAGCGGCGGCGGAAAAGAUUGCUCAGGCAGAGCAACAGUCUACAGACAACGAGUCUCAAAAGAGUGGAGGAGAAGAUGCCACUGGGAGCCAGGAGCAGAAAUCUGGAGACGAAGCGUCGAAGGAGGGUACAGAGUCACAACAGUAUACGGAUCUGAAGGCCAAGUACACGGCACUUGAAGCAGAGCUGAGAGAAUACGAGAAGGAAUAUCUGACGCUCAAGCAGGCAACUGAUCACGAGAAGACCCGCUUGCAAGAGGAAAUCGACCGCAAGUCGGCGCAAAUUCGCGACCUCGAAGCACAGGCGGAUCGUGCUGGUGCUUCGACCGGUGAAGGUGGCUCGACUCCGUCUUCCCCCACAAGCGCCACCAGUUCGAGUGGAAUGUCUGCGCGCGAGAGGCAACACAUGCGAUCUAUUCAGCAGAAACUGGAGCAACUCGUCGCUGUUCACCGCCAGUUGCUGCGUAAGUACGCGUCGCUGGAGCUUGAGCUGUCGGAGGCCAAGAAGAAACUGGCGCUGCGGGAUGAACGCAUCAAGCAGGUCGAAGCGAACAACCGCAUUAUGGCUGGCAACAUGCGGGCACAGGCCGAGAAGCAUGUAGAGGAGCUCACACAUCUCCGCGACCAGAUUGCGGACUUUCGUGGCGCUCAGAGAUCGCACUUUGGAUAA